AUGGGAUUUUGGGAAACGUUUAAAGCCAAGUUUUUCAAGUGGAAACAUGCUCAGGAUGCUAAUCCUGUCGAGGGCGAGACUUACAAUGACCCACCAAAGGUCGCUGAUUUGCCCAAUAUGCCCGAUAGCGAGGGCAAUUUGAUCGCUGUUUCAUCUGGGAAGAGAGAGAUGUCCCCAGUCUUGAGUGCCAAGUUGGGCAUUAAUACUCCCCACCAUGCGGAGAUCGAUGAUCAAAUUAAAUAG